AUGGGAGCUGACAAACCAGUUCUCAUCACUGUCUCAGUCUACUAUAGGCAUGGACAACAGACUAGUCUUCACUGUCCUGGUUGUGAUGAUGUCCUUGAACUUUAUGGGCCCCUAUGCUCAAAGCUCCACAACCACAACUGCAGCAACCACAACGACACCAACCCCCACCACUGCGGCAACCACGAAACCAUCCACCACAACUGCGGCAACCACAACGACAACAACCGCAACCGCAACUACAGCAACAACUGCAACUACAGCAAGCAGAGGGCCGCCAACAACUGUAACUACAGCAACAACUGCAACUACAGCAAGCACAGCACCACCAACAACCGUAACUACAGCAAGCACAGCGCCACCAACAACCGCAACUACAGCGACUACAGCAAGCAUAGCGCCGUCAACAACCGCAACUACAGCAACUACAGCAAGCACAGCGCCGCCAACAACUGUAGCUUCAGUAAGCACAGCACCACCAACAACCGCAACUACAGCAACAACCGCAACUACAGUAACAACUGCAACUACAGCAAGCACAGCACCGGCAACAACCACAACUACAGCAACAACUUCAACUACUGCAACUACAGCAAGCACAGCAUUGCCAACAACCGCAACUACAGCAAGCACAGCGCCACCAACAAUCGCAAUUACAGCAACAACUGCAACUACAGCAAGCACAGCACCGCCAACAACUGCAACUACAGCAACAACUGCAACUACAGCAAGCACAGCACCGCCAACAACUGCAACUACAGCAACAACUCUAACUACAGCAAGCACAGCGCCACCAACAAUCAUAAUUACAGCAACAACUGCAACUACAGCAAGCACAGCACCGCCAACAACUGCAACUACAGCAACAACUGCAACUACAGCAAGCACAGCACCGCCAACAACUGCAACUACAGCAACAACUCUAACUACAGCAAGCACAGCGCCACCAACAAUCAUAAUUACAGCAACAACUGCAACUACAGCAAGCACAGCACCGCCAACAACUGCAACUACAGCAACAACUGCAACUACAGCAAGCACAGCACCGCAAACAACCGCAACAACAGCAAGCACAGUGCUGCAUACAACCGCAACUACAGCAACAACUGCAACUACAGCAAACACAGCGCCGCCAACAACCGCAACUACAGCAACAACUGCAACUACAGCAAGCACAGCGCCGCCAACAACCCCAGCUAGAGCAAGCGCAUGUCUAGUUCCUCAGACAUCUGUUAAUAGGUCACAAUGUGCAACACAAAAGCUCUGUGCAGCGCAGCCCUCUGGUUGUGACCCCUCUACAGACAUAUCAUGCUCCUUCACAUCCGCCCAGCAGAACAGUGGCCAAA